AUUAUAUUUAUGGAUCCAAUGAACAUUCCUGCUGCUGGAUCGCGACCUUAAAAAUAGACUCUAGAUUAAGCACCAUCUGUUAGAUAAAAGUAGGAUUUUUCAAGAUAUAAAAUAGUCAACAAUAACGAUCUGAUAUCUUUGGUGUUAAUUCAGGUCCUGUGGUCUAAACACCAAGCAGACAAUAGUAACGUGCUAAAACAGAUAUCUUUGGGGUUGAAUAGAGUGCAACUUAAUCCCUUGCUUAAUCGAGAGUUGAAGUAAAAUGUUACUCUAUAAUUUCUAGACAAGAUAGACCAAAACUUAUCAAUCAAAUAUAUUUUAGGUCGAUCCCUCUGCCAAUAACACACACACAGCUAAAGAGACCGUUAAGACCUAAAACAAAGGAAAGAAUGCUGAAGCAAGACAUCAAGAUCAUGGAAAAGAUUUUUUAUUUGGAAAAAGCGGUAUUUUAAAAUAACGAUCUAUAUAUUAGAUUUUGAUGAGUAUAAAUCAAUCAAGCGAACAUAAACAUUGAAGGAAUUCAAACCAAAAGAGGAAUAUGAUCCGGCCAACAGAAGAGUAAAGGAAUUGUAUGGAAAUGAGAUAGGAAAGGAACAUUUACCAACACAAAAGGUAUAACUAGAAGAGAAAAAAGAAACAGUUAAAAAGUAAUAGAAGUAGGAUGUUGAUCCAUCUCAAAGAAAAUAAUUGGAAAAUUCAUCUAAUGUUUUUGGAUAAAAUGAAAAGAAAGUUUAUUAAUAAUAAGGUAAGUAAGAAAAGUUGACAUCUCAAAAUCAAAAAUGGUCUACUUCUACUAAGGCAGUUGAUAAUAGUGGAAAGAAUUAUGAUCCAGACACAUUUGCAAAGAACAAAAAAGAACAAGAGUUAUAAUCUAGUGUAUUUGGAGGUGAAUCAAAGCAAACACAAAGCACGGCCACCAAAUAAAAGUUAAUCCCUACAAAUUAAACAUGGCAAUAAACUGAUACUGUUAAGAAUAUGAAAGAUUUCGACCCUUCUUAAUCAUAAAUGAAUGAGAUUGAUCCCUCAUAAAAGAAGAUAGAUACCUUAAAAUCAACAUUAGAUACUCAUGAUUAUAAGGCUUAACCUGUUAAGCAUAACGAAAAGCUUAGUGUGAAAUAAUAGAAAUACAAAAAGGAUGUUUUUACAAGGGGAGGAGAUAAGGAUCAAGCUCCUUCUCAAUAAAAAUAAAAACAACCAGCCUAAUAAUAAUAAAAAGAAGUGCAUGAAUAAUCAGAUAUGAUUUGA